UACGAUUUCUCUUGGCACCGGAGCCAUCAGUGGAAAGUUGUAUAGGGAACGCACACCUUACCUGCAGAGGGUAAGCAAUGCGUCUCUCGCCUGCUCGGGCAGUAUGGGCGUCAGCAGCAUCAAUGAUGCAAAAGUGCUAAUCUCAUCCGGACGGGUUUCAGAUCGCACCACCGGCCUCAAGGAACUCAUACAUAUUUUAAGACAUAAUCGCGGGAAAUCCAUUCUGGAGGUUUUGACCAACAAGUCAUACCUGGCACUAUGUGAAACCCUGUUCCAGUGUUUACGCGAUGAGAGAACGUCCUACCUUCGCAAUAAGGCUCGCACAGCCAGAACCUCCGCUCUUCUUCCGCUCUCUGCUAGUGCUCUUCGACAGGUCGUAUCGACAGGCGUGCGUACUUUCAAAACUUCAACGGCUGAAAGCAUCAUACACACCAUCAUCGAAGUGUCUCCGGGCAAGGACGGGACGCUCAUCCAUGUUCUGCUGGAGGACUUACCGAAAGCCUUAAGAGGUGUGUUGGAAUAUCAGCCUCAUGUGGAGCGCCUCUCGGACCAAACGUGGGUUGCUGCGGUAGAGUUCUGUCUGAACGCACUUUCGAGCUUUCUGGCCGACACCGAAGCAGAUGUCCCGGACAGCUUAAGCACGGCAUCGCCUGGCUCACGCAGCCGGACCAGGACCCCAUUCGAUUCCACCGAACCGGCCACUCCGACGACGAGAUUACGCGAUCGACCCACUGGGAAGUCAAUGCCCGAGGCGUUUGUGCAGCCCGCCGAGGACUUCGUCCACUGUAUACAGCUACUGACGAAAGCUUCGAAUGCGCCUAUCCUGUGCAAAGCUGACAAUAUACUAUCUACACUGAUCCUGUUUCUACAGCGGAAAUCCGGUCGCAGUCGUUCAGCCGCUCUAGCUGCCAUCAAUUCUGUUGUAACACGCACCUCCCUUCAUUCUACAGUGCUCACGAAACGCACCAUACAGGAUUUAUUGCCGUUGAUGAAGCCCAUGUGGGCAGACCCGCUCCUGCGCGAUGAGCUGCUGAUUUUUCUCAUCAAGAGUGAAGCCCAUAUCUUGAGCAUCUUGAGUGACGAGCAUGAAGAUGCCGCCAGCUUCGACCUCGAAGCGCUAGUAGAAACGAUGUACGGCGAAUACAGGCGUAGACAGGAAAGCACUAUCUUGCAAUUCCUCGAAGAGGAUCACCUGUCCCUCCGUCACUUGGGCAGCCCGCGCGGCUCAACGCAUCCUUUGAAUACGGCUGCCUUUUCUUUGGAGGCGCAACAGGCACAGCAGACGCGGAGCGAAUCUCUAUGGGCCCUUGUGUCAGCCAUAGCUCGUUUCUCGUAUAUGCUAGACAACCGGAGACGUAACAAAUCGCAUGAUAUGGAGGCACCGGAUGAGUUGCCAACCAAGAGAAUGCGGACAACACAGCAUUUCAAAGAAUAUCUCCGCCAUGUGUCUGAGCCCAAGUCGAAUGCAAAGAGAGCAGCGUUGAAUGUUCUAGCUUUCAUGGUCCAGGAGGGUCCGGUGGAGGAAGAUGAUUUGCAGUCCAUGCUCGAGAAGUUGACAGCUUAUAUAUCGGACGAGAACCCGGUUCAUUCCUCAUGGGCCUCGAUUGUUUUAGCGGCCGCGGCCUUCCAGCCAUGCUCGUCACAGCCAGGUCUGCUACCCCUCUGGUUGUCCGCAUGGCACAGUGCGUGCCGAACCUUGACGUCCGUCUCAUCGUCCCGGGCCGCCUGCCACCUGUUGAACACUCUUUUGAGGCUGAAGAUCGUACCCUUCUCCAUUAUUUCAGAGACCGUUCAGUCCAUGGUGGUGUCCAUAGAGCUCAGCGGUCCUGCCCUUCUCACUGACGCUAGUUCUUCAUUUCUGACUACUUUGAUCCAACAGAGGAUGAUAGAGAAUCCGACAAAUUACAAUUACACCGCUGAAAGAGUAAUGAAUUGGUUAUUGAGCAAGUGGACACCCACGCUGUGGUCAGACAAAAACUACUCCUCUCUUCAUGCACACCACUGCAAUGCGCGAGAUGUACUGGCACUGGUACAUGCUUGCCUUGAUCGGCCGUUCACGCCCUUGGAACCGUCGCCUUACUUUGUCUUGGGACAUAUUUCCCACGCCAGAGUGCAAGCAUCACAAUCCCAUCAACUCACUCGGUACAUUCUUCUGUUGCUCGAGGAGAGAGAGAUGGAUCUGCCUAGUGUCAGUCCAGAGUGUUCGGCUACUACUACUGAGCACCUGCCUACCCAACUGGAGAUGAAAUUGCUGGACUUUUGCCUCGCAGAGCUGGAGAAAACCAAGCAAACAUGGAAAGAAUGCACUCAAAAGAACCCGCAAGGUAUAACUGCUGACAUGUUGCGCAUUGUAACGAACCUUUGCAUUGUUGCUUCCGCUCUCAGUGCAUUUGGUGCCGUCAAUAGUAAACGCAAUCAAAUGCUAGAGUCCUCGGUCGACGCACUCAUCCUCUCUCUGGGUAAUUUCCUGGUAAAGCGAGAGACUGAGCAGUACAAGGUUGAUGCCGUGAUCGAUACUUGCUCAACCCAGCUACCAGACGUUCAACAACUCAAAUCGUUGUCACGCGCGUCAUUCCGAGAUUCAGGGAUGCUUCUGUUAGCGACUCACUUCUCUAGAGCGAUAGUCUCGAGAAAAGCGUUGAAGGAUUCAUUCCACAUUGACGACGAUCUAAUGGACGUGGACGAUGUCCACGGGUCGCAAACGAUCGGUGGCGCCUUCAAUCCGGAGCAUGACGUGCCUCGCCACGAGAUACAGGCGGAAAGCAACCCAGCGGCACUCCGUGCAAACGUCGCAGCGUACUUGCAAUUCAUUUCAUGCGUCGCUGAACAUCCAAACGAGCAUGAACAACUUGAUCAUAUUCCUUCCGAGUUCGUGGACCAUAUAAUCUCGAUGCGCGAGGAUGACCUUUUACGUUCCAAACUCUUCAUUUCCGCCUUACUGUGCACUCCAUUCCGGCUAGACAGAGCGUCGUGCAUUCGUUUGUUGGAAAGAUUUACUGAAGCCCUCCUCGAUCCGGCUGCGCGCGAGUACAACACUUCUGAGGUCGCAAAUGUCAUGGUUGUCCAGGUGCUCAUUGGUACGAUUCCUGCAAUGGAUCCAGGAGCUACCGAUCGAGAGGGCCAGGAGUUGUAUGAUAUUGUUGAAUCGCUAUACGCCUACUACGCGAAAGAGAUGGAAAGGGGCGGUGUGAGAAGGUCAUUAGGCCUCCAGAGACUUCUUGUCGACUUCGUCCAUGGUCUCCUCAAACAUCACCCAACAUUCGCUGAGAAUCGCAAGUCCCCAUCUGUACGCACCAGUCUAUUCGAACUCCUUAAACAGGGUGAGAUUCCCCUAAAAUAUCGCAUCGCCGAGAUUUUACCUAGUGUCUUUGACUGCUUUAUUCUCCCCGAGCACAACAAAAUCCUCGAGGACAUCGACCGUAGCCUUCCUACUGAUCCCGGAUGGGUCGAGGGAAUCGCCAUUCGCCUGCUUGUUUUGGCAAGACUGGCAUCUGCCUGGCACACCUUGCUGCGCCAAGGUGUGUACCAGAUCUUCGCAACAGCUGGCUCCAUUGAAUCCGCAAUCCCCCACGCAAAGCGAUGUAUUACGACAGUAGCUGAAGCGAGAAAGUUAACCAAGCCGGCCGCGCUUUUCCGCCUUUUUGCUCCGCAGAUCAUAUUCACCUGGCUGGACAGAAAGAGAACGUUCUCUGAGAUCCCUUUCCUUGCUUUUGAUUACCCUUCUUUACACGCUCUCAUAUGCGAUAUUGAGUCUGAGGCUGUCGGCCAGGCUAUCAUGCUUGGGCUCAGAAGCGAGGUGGAAUACCUGGCACAGCUCUUGGGAAAGUCAACAGCCGAAGCUCUAGAUCGCAACAUUGCUAAAUCAGCCGCGUAUGCGAUAUCUUGGGACACGUGUAAGGGCUUCGCACGCAACAAGUCUGAUACGAGCAAUGAGAAGCUGCUUCGCGAAAUGAUAGGUUCUGAUCGCUACGCAUCGCUCUUACAGAUGCACUUUCCCCGCAUACUCGGCUACAUAAUGCAAACCAUCGAACAAGAAGAACGCAUUUCUAAAGCUCUAGAAAAGCGACCGGCCUAUGCCGAAACCGCAAAAGCGCUCAAGGAAAUGGCUGAUAUCAGCCACUCCGCGCAAAACUUCGAUCUAGGUCUUGAGCCUUCCUUCAAUGCUUACUACGUCUUUGACCAGCUGGAGCGUCUCUGCCGCCGAGUUGGCGUCACUGAUCCAAUCCACUUCUGGAAACCAGAUAUCUACACAUGUGUGAUGCGGAUGUUGCUCGAUCGCCUUCAUUCCGCUCUAGGCUCGCUGCAUGCCCGUUCAAUCAUCAGGAAAAUCAGGAUACUGGUGGCACUGGCUGGCAACGUAGCGUAUAGAGGCUAUCCGUUACAGAUGACUCUUCAGUCGCUAAGGCCUCUCCUUACCGAUAUCCAAUGCGCAGAAGACACCUUGGGAAUUGUUCAAUAUCUUUUCUUGCAUGGAAAAGAGGACCUACGUGCUCACUUUGGCUUCGUCACGGGUAUAGGACUGUCAAUUCUCAUAUCCAUACGGGUCUUCUUGGGAAGUUCACAAGACAGUACGACCCAGGAAUCUCAUCAUAAGGCGACGAUGAAUAAAGCUAACCACUUUCACACUUGGCUUACGAAAUAUCUGGACACAUAUGCCGACAUGCUGCUCGGUGUUGAGAAACCUGCAUCGGUCAAAGCGUUCAAACAAAUAAUACAUGCUGCUUCCCACGUGCGCGUCGAGGGCAAUUCAAUCAAAGGUAGCGAGGAAAGCAGACUCCUACUGCAAAUCUUGGAAGAUGUGCGAUCGGGCCGAGGAUUACUCAAUAAAGCCUCUCGAGAGGUCGCCCUCGGUCUCCUUUGCCAGGACUUCCAGCCAGCGUCAUCAGCACGAGAUGAUGUGCUCGAUUCUGAUUCGAUUAUAGCUGACUAUGCCCCUCUGAUCUGGGAAUCUUGCCAGCGGGACAACAUAGGCGACGGCUACAAAUUGUGGGCGGCAAAAGUACUGGGCCGAGCUUUCAGCGCAAACGGAGAAGUGAAACGGAAGGCCGACCCAUCUCUGCCGUGGUCGUCUGUGCCUAUAUCUCCUCAAGCUCCGCUAGGGCGAUCUUCACGCGAAGCUAUCAUUGAGAAGAUAGCCGAAUUAUUCCACAGCGAUGACCGGAAAGAAGUGGGCCUUGCUGAAAGCGCGAUACGAUCCCUUAUAUCCCGCAACACUAAGAAAGAUUACAUUCACGAGCUGGAUGACAAGGUACCAACCGCCAUCGGGGAGGCUCUUAUGGUUCCAAUACCUGUCGAACCCGAGAUUGAAACUCGAAAUAUCGGGGGGGACCUCAAACAGUGUGGGUUUCCACCACCAGAAGGGAAGCACGGAAUUCCUGUCGCCGUCUGGAUACGAGAUCUUGCAGUGUCCUUGUGUGAUGGUGCACCCCAGGAUCGAAUUCUCAGUUGUCUUCCAAAGCUUUUGUUAGGCAUUGACGAGUUGGCCGCGUUGCUGUUUCCGUACAUUGUCCACUUGGUGCUUCUGGACGAGCCUGGCGCCGAUCGCCGGGUCCGCCAGACAAUGUCUGAAAUUACCAUGUCCUGGUUUCACAACUGCACUCCAAAGACAGCCCCUUUUGUGCGGAUACUCAUUCAGACGAUUCUAUACCUGCGAAGUCAGCCUGUGCCGAAGGAGGUCACGCGAGUAGAUCGAGAUGAAUGGCUAGAGAUCGAUUACCUUCAAGCAGCCAAGGCAGCUGCUGCCUGCGGAAUGUAUAGGAGCGCUCUUCUUUUCGCCGAAACCUCCGCAGGCAAACUACCAUUCAAGAGCACCUCACGAAGAGCUUCAAAACUCGCUCAGCCGCCCUCCAUUCCAGUCGACUUGCAAAUGGAAAUCUACAAGAACCUAGAUGAGCCAGAUUCAUUCUACGGAGUGGAUAGAGGGCACAGUCUGACCUCAGUGUUGGACCGUCUUGACCACGAAGCCGAUGGUGUGAAGAGCCUUCUUUUUCGGGGUGCUCGGUUGGACAGCCAGAUCCGCAGAUCGAAUACAACCGACUCCGCUGAUUCACGUGGAAUCGUCAAAUCACUCAUCAGCCUCAACAUGAACAGUAUCACGAAUGAUCUGCUUUCCAAUGAACCUUUCCGCGAUAUUGGAGACGAUGCUAUAGACAGCACUCUACAUACAGCUCGUAAGCUGGGGAAAUGGGACAUCAAGACACCGGAAGGAAACCAUAGCGAGGCGAGCACGUUGUUCAAGGGUUUCCAAGGUCUGCACUAUGCAAAAGAUGUUCAAGGUGCGAAGCGUCAUCUCGACCGGCAGUUGUUAGCCACGAUGGAUUGUCUAUCGAAGAGAGACAAGUCGUCAGCCGCGACGAAAUCUCACUUGCGUGCUCUCGCAGUGCUAGCUGAGGCGGAUGACUUGAUUAAUACGCCCGAUCCCAGACAAUUGCUCGAUGUAUGGGAUCAGAUGAAAAGCCGAGAAAAGUGGAUGCGCGCUGGCGAAUUUGAAGACGUGCGCCUGAUUCUUUCCUGCCGGGAAACAUUGUUCAGCGUCCUCGGCUCGAAUUCCGCAUUGCAGGAAUCAUUGCGUGCACAGACGGGAACCAUUCGGCAUAUGGAAGUGGAAGCAUUGGUUCAGUCCUCUGUUAUCAGUCGAAAACACGGAGCUUUGCAGGAUUCACUGUCGAGCGUCACUUAUCUUUCCGAUAUCGUGCAGCAGUGCAAGGCGAUCGGCCUUGACAUUGAAGCCGUGGCACAGUAUGAGGUGGCGAGUGUCCUAUGGGACCAAGGGGAAACAGAAACAUCGAUUCGAAUGCGCCAACAGCUCAUCGACCACACCAAGUUUGACUCCCAGGGUAGCGAUAUCAGUUUGCCGGUUCUGCUCUCGAAGCUGGGUCAUCACCUAGCGGAAGCUCGCCUUGAAAAGCCGGACACCAUCAUCAAAGAAUACCUGGAACCCGCUAUAAAAGAACUCAAAGGACAGAUUCACGGUGCCGUCCCUGGCCAGGUAUUCCACGAAUUCGCGUUUUUCUGUGACAAACAGCUACAGAACCCGGAAGCGGCGGAAGAUCUCGCACGGAUCAAAACAGUCAUGGAUCGAAAAGCACAAGAGUGUGAGGAGUUCCGUAAGUUAGCUGCUGCGGAGAAGUCGAGCAAAACCAUGCGCGAGACGUACAAGCGUAACGCUCAGCGCGCAGCGACGUGGUACAAACUCGAUAAAGCAGAAUAUGACAGGCUGCGCAAAGGCCGGGAAAUGUUCCUCCAGCAGUGCUUGGAGAAUUAUCUCCUUUCAUUGCAGGCGACUGACGAGUACAACAACGAUGCGCUCCGAGUGUUCUCCCUCUGGCUUGAAUACUCUGAUACGCAAUUAGCCAACGAUGCCGUGAAUUCUCACCUAUCCAAGGUACCUAGCGGCAAGUUCGCCCUGCUGAUGAACCAGCUUUCGUCACGUCUGCAAGCCGAAUCCACGGAUUUCCAGAAGCUCUUGUCAGCACUGGUAUACAGAAUAUGCGUGGACCACCCCUACCAUGGCAUGUACAACAUCUUCGCCAUUCAGACGAAAGUAAGCUCGGGCUCAAAAGAGGAUGUUGUGCGAUCAAAGGACGAAUCCGCCAAGUCCCGCCAGCGUGCCGCAAGCACCAUGGCAGCCAUGUUUAACAACGACAAGAGAGCACGUACGUACUGGACAACCAUCUCUCAAUCCGCCGAAUUGUAUCAUGCGCUUGCGAUGUUCAAGAAUGAGGCGGAUAAUCGGCAAGGAAGAGAGAUCGCCCUCGAUAAGUACGCAGAAUCGAAGGCGAUUGUGCAUCGAAUUCCGGCGAUGAAAGUGCCACCUGCAACUCUUCAGGUCGAGGUUCGAGCAAGCUGCGACUACAGCGAUUUACCGAAGAUUACAAGCUUCAAGCCCAAGAUGAGCAUCGCAAAUGGACUCAGUGCUCCUAAAAUUAUCACCGCUAUCGCCAGCGAUGGGAAACCCUACAAGCAGCUGUUUAAAUCUGGCAAUGACGACCUCAGGCAAGACGCGAUCAUGGAGCAAGUAUUCGAUCAGGUUUCGCGUCUCUUAAAGAACCACACCACCACCCGUCUCCGAAAUCUAGGCAUUCGCACCUACAAAGUGCUCCCUUUGUCAACGCGAUCCGGACUGAUGGAGUUCGUGCAAAAUACCAUCCCUCUGCACCAAUAUGUCAUGCCGGCGCACGAGAAGUACUACCCCAACGACUGGAAAUCGGACAAAUGCCGCAAAGACAUGGCCAUGUGCCAAAGCGACAGUGUCAGCACUCGAAUCAAAAUCUGGCAGAAGAUAGCCGAGAACUUCCACCCAGUUCUUCGCUUCUUCUUCCUGGAGCGCUUUGAAGAUCCGGAUGAAUGGUUUGAGAAACGCCUCAACUACACGCGCUCCACCGCCGCAAUCUCCAUCCUAGGCCAUGUUUUGGGCCUAGGCGAUCGCCACUGCCACAACAUCCUCCUCGACGAGAAGAGCGGAGAAGUGGUCCACAUCGACCUCGGCGUCAGCUUCGAAGCAGGCCGAGUCCUGCCUGUCCCCGAAGUGGUGCCCUUCCGGUUGACGCGGGACCUUGUCGACGCCAUGGGCUACACGAAGACGGAAGGCGUUUUCCGCCGUUGCUGCGAGUUCACAAUGGAUACGCUGCGGGAGGAGCGCGAGUCCAUCAUGACGCUCCUCAAUGUGCUGCGCUACGACCCGUUGGUCAACUGGAGCGUCACGCCCGAGAAGGCGAAACGCAUGCAGGAGGCGCAGGACACGGCGAAUGCGUCAAGGGCGGGGACCGUCGGGCCCGGCGGGGCUACACCUGCUCCUGUGCCUACGCCUGUCCCCUCUGCGGUCAAUGUCUCGGGUGUGUUGGAUGACGGGGGCAUGCUGCAGCAUAGCCACCGGAAGCGGGAGGAGCAGCAGGCGGGAGAGGCGGGACGGGCGUUGAGCGUCGUGGAGAAGAAGUUGAGCAAGACGUUGAGUACGCCGGCGACGGUGAAUGAGUUGAUUCAGACGGCGACGGAUGAGCGGAAUCUGGCGGUGCUGUAUUGUGGGUGGGCGAGUUAUGCGUAGGUGGGUGUAAGCAUAAUAAUAGGGGUGAAUAGGUUAUGUAUGGUUGGUUGAACUCUGCGGGUUCUGUUGGUUUGUUUGGUUUUCUCUUGGAAAAGGGUCCCUAUCUCCCUCUUGUAAACUAGAUAUGGGCGGUGUAAUAUAGAUAACUUUGCAGGCAAUAACUGAGUCGAGUGCACCCACACGCUUUCUCUUGUCACAAGAAGGAGGUAAAAGAGAAGAGUGAU